AUGGCUGCAACAGUCGCGGCGAUGCUGAAUAGGCAAUCGACCAACAAUGUGGCAUGGUAUGCAUGCCACACAGCCGCGCGGCGCUAUGGACGGGCCGGGAGGCGCCUGCGAGGCUUCGCUUCGAUCGAGGACGAUGCGGAAACCCCAACAAAGAGGGCGAAGGAUGCUGCUGAGACUGUGUGCAGCGAUGCCACCGAGGCAUCUGAAUGGAUCCAAUCCGCUGUGACUGGCGAUGACUCAAGUUCCGCGGAAGGCGCACUAUAUGAUGCUGAAGGCACCAGCCUUUCUUGCUGCACCAAUGCGGAUCUAUCGUGCGAGGAGGUCUUCACGCCGCUUUACUCACAGAUCAGUCUGGCGCUGACGGAAUUUGAGGCUCAGGUCAGGCCAGACCCCCUGUGCCUGGAGAAUCACUGCGCCGCCCAAAACGAGAACUACAUCGACAAUCUGAUGCGGGCCAUAGCUAUCAGCUGGCUGGUGGAGGUUGCCUGCGAGUACGGGUUCCACCAGGAGACACUGCACACAGCAGUCUCGCUGCUAGACCGUUUCCUGUCUGCCUCUAAGGCACUAUCGCGGAGUAAUCUGCAGCUUGUCAGCGUCGCCUGCAUGCUCAUAGCUUCAAAGAACGAGGAGGAGCGCUACCCAUCUGUGCAGGACUUCACCAGCAUUUCGGACAAUUGCUUCAGGGUGGAGGAUCUGCUGCGGAUGGAGGGCGUUGUGCUGCAGACGAUGGAUUUCCGCAUCAAUGCCCCUACCGCGUACACCUUCCUCUGCCUCCUGAAGCAGCACGUCGGCCUGACGCCGCGCGUGGCCGCACUUGCAGUCUACCUGCUGGAGCUGGGCUUGCUGAAAGACGGGCUGCUGGGGUGUCCGGGUGCUCUGAAGGCUGCAUCAGCGGUUCUGAGCAUUCUGGGAGUCGAGUACGAGGAUCUGUGCGAGUGCUGCAUGGACAUGGUUGCGCUGCAUCAGGAGGCGUUCCAUGCCUGUGACACACCCAACGUCAUCGCCCCGUCAAUGGCCAUCAAGGACAAGUUUGCCGACCGUGCCUGGCACACUGUGUCGCGUGUCGCGCCUCUUGAGAGGAUCUGCCUGCCUCGACCCCAGUCCUGA